CGUGAAUUGAAUCGAAGUGGUAAUGUUAAGGAUUGUAAUACUCUUAUAUAAUUAUCAGUAUAUUUCCAGUAGGGCACGCUUUAUGUAUUUUAAUCACAUAAGAAUAUGAAGAACAUGAAGAAUAUGAAGGAGCUCGUCAGAAGGAACCAAAUGUUUGUUUCUGUUUCUCUCCGGUAGAGUUAGAACGGCUCUCCAUACUCACGUACUGAAAGAUUAGCAACAUUAGCAUUACCUUUUUUCAAAGACCAAUGGUAUUAAAAUGUGCACUCUUUAAUUAAAUGCAGUGCAUUUUUUGCGAAAUAUUAAUUUAGAUAUUAUUUAUUGUCUUAUAUUCGCGGUACUGUUUUGAUCUUUUAAAGGAAACGUGUGUUUUUGAUGACUGGAGCCGAGCCUUAGUUAACGUUAGCUAACGUUGGACACAAGGCGAACGUUCACACACAUUUUCAAUCAAACACAGUUUUUUUUUAGUUUUUUUUUUUUUUAGCUCCUGUCGAUGUUUACAGACACAAACUACACUAAGAACAAACUUCCUGCAGUCCCAUCGACUGGAUCCCUGUAGGCCUCAGGGAUGGCUGCUGCAGCACCUGCAGCAGAGCCAGGCUCCUCUGUGGCGGCUCAUGUAGAUAUUUACAGUGAUCUGGAUCAACAUCAUGAGGAUUUGGACAGACUUGCUGAAGCGAAUGAACUUUAUGAUGCUGUGCUGACUGGCUCAGUCGACCGGGACAAGAAAGUAAACAACAGUGUGUCGCCUCCGAAAGAAGCUGAAGUUACACAGGGAGCUUUAUCUACAAACGUAAAAAGCAGCAAGCAAACGGGAAACACAUCAAGGAAACUGUCUUUAUAUAUAGGAAAUUUCCCCUGGUGGACAUCUGAUAAGGACCUGAUAACCAUGGCUCAAACGCUGGGUGUGAGGGACAUCACAGACAUCAAAUUUGCUGAGAACCGGGUUAAUGGCCAGUCAAGAGGCUACGCAGAAGUGGUCGUAACCUCGGAAGAAUCAUUAAAAACAUUGUUGGAAAAAAUACCUCAGUGUGAACUCAACGGGGCUCAGAUAGACUGUCGCUUUGCCACUCGCCAGAAUCUCAUCAUUUUUGAGGACACUGCAAAUAAACGUAUACCGCUGCGUGCUAACGCCAAAGAUCCUAAAGACUGUGAACCUUCAGAUAAGAUUCCCUCUUUGUUAUCACAGGAGUCCUGUCCUCCACCUAUACCUCCCCUUUUUCCUCCACUUCCAAACAGGUUCCCCUCAUUACCCAAUCCUUUCCUUGGUCAACCACCUCCUCCUUUCCCACACAUGCCACCUAACAUCCCUCCGCCAUUGCCGCACCAUAUGUUUCCUCCUCCUCCAGUACAUGUCCCAAGUCAACCACCUCCCAAUCUGCAUUUAAAUCCAGCUUUCUUUGCACAAGAUGGACACAGCAGCAAAGUGUACAGCCAGCAAAACAACACAGCUCCGAGUACAGAUGGAGAUUUUGAGGAGCUUAUGAACAGAAAUAGAGCUGUCGCGAGCAGUGCCAUCACUAAGGCUGUGUCUGGAGCAACAGCUGGAGACUUGCGGGUGGCCAUGGAGACACUUCUAACCGCCAUUGCCAUCAUAAAGCAGUCCAGAGUGUAUGGAGACGAGCGCUGCCAAGCUCUGGUCACCUCACUCAAAGACUGUCUGGUCUCUAUCCAGGGCAACUACGGCUACAGGGGCAGCAGUCGCUCUAGGGACGAAGACAGAGACCGGGACAGGGGUCGUGACAGAGAGCGAGAGCGUGAUAGAGAACGUGAGAGAGAAGAUUCUUCUGGUUGGGAAGGUACAGGAAUGUCUCGAAGACGCAGAGAACGUUCCUGGAGCGCCGAGAGGGACAAGGAGCGCUCACGGGAACGGGAAAGGCACAGAGAUCACAGAGAACAGAGAGAUCAGAGAGAUCACAGAGACCACAGAGACCGAUAUCGCUAACUUGGCCCGGACUGAUGGAGGGAUAAAGUGUGAAGCAGAGCAAAUACUUUUUCCACACCAAGCUGUAUAGAAGUGGGAGUCUGAGGUAUGACUGAAGACUUAUUUCAAAAACUGUAUUUUUGUUUUGAAAUCAUCUGUAAAUACUCGGAUUUUACCUGCUCUAAAAAUACGUUGUUGCCUGCAUGCACAUGGUCACCUCUUAUUAACAUAUGUAAUAGUGUAAGGUUUUCAUCACUUUUUUUGUACUAAGUCUACAAAUUAAAAAACAUUCCCU